AUGACCACAACAAAGACCACGAUAUCAGAUAUGGACAACAGUAUCACCAAUAAGUGUAAAGUUUUGUUCAAAGUCGACAACUUUGCCGAUCAAUUGAAAAACAAAUGGAAAUAUAUGAAAGUGUUUAAAAGUGAAAUCUUUACCAUUGGAUACGAUAAAUGGCAAAUCAAUAUUGAAUGUCUUAAUGAAGACAUUGGUCUGUACUUGAAUUUGGUUCAGACAUACGAGUCAUCGGUUUCGGUUGAAUACGACAUGUAUAUCGUGGACAACAAUAACCAGAUAUAUGACAAACAAAACAUUAAUCACACUUUCGAGAAGAUAGAAGGCAUGGGUUUCGAGUAUAUUAUCGAUAAACAACAAUUGAUGGACAAUAAGGACCGACUAUUACCGAACAAUGCCAUCACUGUUGCCGUCGAAAUAACUGUCCAUAAAAAAAAUGAUUGCAAUAGAAGUUUCAAAUGUAAUCAUUUAUUUGGUGUCCGCGAACUAAGCGAUUGUCGAUUGAUUGUCGGCAAAGAAAACAAAGAGUUCUUCGUCUCGAAGUUUGUUCUCAGCUCUCAAUCGGAAGUCUUCCAAAAGAUGUUUACCACUGAUUGUUUGGAAAAGACAACAAAUGAAGUGGUCAUCGAUGACAUCGAUAGCGAUGUCUUUGAAAUAUUUUUGCAAUAUCUAUAUACUGGAGAGUGCGACCAAUUGGACAAAUGGUAUAAGAAGUUGUUGAUCGUCGCCAACAAGUAUUUGGUGGCAUCGCUGAAGACUAUAUGUCUUAAUAGGUAUUAUAUGAAAAUCAAUGGCGAGAAUGCAAUCGAAACACUGAAACUAUUUGAAGACUUUGGCGCCGAUAAAGAUCUUAUGGCAAAAAUACAUGACUUUAUUGCCAAAAAUGUCGGUUUAGUUUUGGGUAAACUAAUUGUAAAACAUUACGACAUUAAAUCUGAAUCUGUUUCACAAAUUGGCGUCAAAGUUGAUAAACUGUUUAAUAAUAUUGAUAAAAAAUAA